ACACGACAGCGAGGCAUGAUUCUUGGCUCCAAACGUUUUCACAGAAUGUGUUUCUGUACCUUUCCAAGACGCACGCUAAAAAAGCCAUGAGUCAACCAAACAAAGACCGGAAGCGGAAGAUGGACGCGCUAAUCAGCGGCGAUAACCCAAAAGCAGGAUGUUGUUCUAACGCAAAGACAGCCUGCAUGGAGGGCAGUGCUUCUGGGGACUCACAGGCGCACCUGGGCCACGAGUACGUGACGGUGCUGCGUGACCUUGAGAACGAAGGGUCAGCCCCGGUCAUUCACUCUCACAGCUGUGACCUGGAGGAUGUCUGGGCUCACAAGUACCCGCUACCCCUGGGCAAGUUCCCGCCAAAAGCCAUCAAGACAGGAAACAAGUUCUAUGAUGCUAUCAUACCCGACCUACCCAAGAUAGGAUACAAGCCGCUGCAGAGAGAAGGCCGUGCGAAUGAACAACGACCACCCUCGACGAAUUGCGGCAACGGAACAAGUGCACAGACGCCUAAAGAGAUGCAGAGAUUUCCGAAAAAUGGCCGAAGAUGUCAGCAAAAAGAGCCCACAUCUGUUCUACUGCGAGAGGAGGCCCAUCAUUUACUUCGAAACCAGGCCCUGGGGACGGGAAAUCAACCCCGCAUCGCUUUCCCCACCUGCACGGCAUAA